CAGUCGCUCGCCGCAUCGGGCGGGAACUGCGCGCGCCGUAUGCACCCGCUUCCAAAUUCAAACUUUCAAAUAUUUUUCCUUUAUUCCACUGUGCCAGUGCUAUGAAUUAAUUAAACGGUGUUCGUUUUUUUUUUUAUUUUUUCAUAUGUUAGUUGUUUGUGGUUAGAAAGUGUUCCGCUUGAGUGGUGUAACAAUAAUGGAGUAAACAUCGAAGCGGGUAUUUGUGAAAAUUUCAGCUUUAUAACACGAGUUUAUAUAAUGUCAUAAACAUACAAACGUAAAAGUUUAAAAAAUGAGUGCGCGGGACUUCUACAAAGUGAUGUACCGGAACAAAUCAUCUGACAGACAUAACACCAGAGACUAUCUCGAUAACGAUACAGAAUUCAAUGCGAAUCAUUUUAAACUGUACGAUGACUUUAGUACGGAUCUUAGGAUCAACUUCAAUAGCAUAAGCAGUGUGUUCCAUGAAGUGACGAGAUGCAGACGAGGUGAUCCAAACGACUCCGGUAUUGAUGUGGAAAACGGAAACCAUAAUAUAUCUCAUGAUAGAGAUUUGUUGGAGAACGAAGUAAUGGUAGAUCCUUGGAGCAGUAUGGAUUCUUCGAACUCCCCAUUGACUGAUUCCGGACCUUCGGCUAGUGAAGACUGCACACCUUCCACUUCGAGCGAGACCCCUCGAGGCCCCUCGCACUCCUCCAGCCCGCUAUCUCCCGACGCGCGUCGCUUGCCGGACACUAAUGACGCUAAAGCUAGAAAUAUAACAAAAUAUCCCUCCAAAGGGACUGACAAGACACGUGCUCGGGAUCUCACGUUAGAGCUGGAAACUCUGGAAUCCGACACACUCGCGCGCCGGCCACAUUUUUUAGAUGACGACUACCAACCACCGUCUCGAUCAAAUAUCGAGUGCCGUAUCCCUAAACCGCAUUUUUUGGACCAUUCUCCAUCACCCGACGAGUUUGAUGAACGAAGCGACAUAACAAAUCCAAACUUUUUAGAUGACGAAAUCGACGGUGACGAUGGCCAAGCACAAAAGAAAUCCGGAGCAUUGCCAAAACGACCCAUGAAAUCACAGUCUUCCACGUAUACCGCUGAAGAGGACCGACCCCAUAGGACAAAUUAUAGAACCACAUUGCAUUAUGGUCUAGAAAGCGCGGCCAGAUCGAGCGAAAGAGACAAACGGGCUUCCCAGCUCUAUAGAGGUACCUGGCCCGGGGAACGGGAUGUCUGGACCGGCCAGGACUCCUCUAGUGUUAGAAGUUUUUCAAGUAAUGGCUCAAAUAACUGCUCCAGACCUUCCUCCAAUUUAGAAAAUAAAAUGGAAUGUGUAUGUUCCUUGAUAUCCCUACUCAGCUUGUCGCCCGAAAAUAAUGCAGAUCUUAGCGGCCCGCUCCUAGAAAUGAGCAGGUCUGUUGAAAGUUGUAUAGCGAUGCGACAAGCUGGAUGCAUACCUUUACUAGUACAGUUAAUUCAUUCGAAAGUACCAAGAGAGACUCGCGACCGAGCCGCCAAGGCACUGCGAAACAUUAUCCAUACACAAACUGACGACAAAGCGGGCAGAAGAGAAGCGAGAGUGUGGAGGUUGCUCGAACAAGUUCGCGAAUAUUGUUACGUGUUAGAAGACUUGGUGGAUGCGAGGAAAGAAGGCAAAGAAGUAAUAGAAGACGACGCCACUAAACAUCCUAGUCAAAGUGUCGCAGCGCUCAUGAAGCUAUCAUUUGAUGAAGAACAUAGACACGUGGUGUGCCAACUGGGCGGUCUACAAGCGCUGGCGGCAUUGGUGAGCGGCGACCAGGCGGCGCACGGCAGCAGAACUGACGAUAACACCUGUCUCACCAUGAGAAAGUAUGCCGGAAUGACGCUCACUAAUUUAACAUUCGGAGAUGGCAACAACAAGUCAUUGUUAUGCUCCUUCAAGGAUUUCAUGUUGGCGCUCGUUGAACAACUGGAAUCCCCCAAUGAUGAUAUGCGACAAGUUACAGCUGCUGUACUGAGAAACCUCUCUUGGCGAGCAGAUACCAACAGUAAACAAGUGUUGAGAGAGGUCGGAGCCGUAAAGGGUCUGACCAAGGCCGCGAUGACCUGCCAAAAGGAGGCAACGCUCAAGUCCGUGCUCUCGGCUCUCUGGAACCUGACCGCCCACUGCUCCAUGAACAAAGUCGCUUUAUGUUCCGUCGACGGAGCCUUAGGUUUUCUCGUAGAUAUGCUCAGCUAUAACUCCCCGACUAAAACCCUAGCGAUUGUGGAGAACGCAGGAGGUAUAAUGAGGAAUGUGUCGAGCCACAUCGCCGUCCGCGAAGAUUACAGACAAAUUCUCCGCGAGAGAAAUUGUUUGAGUGUCUUACUGCAGCACCUCAAGUCUCCCAGUCUAACGGUCGUUAGCAACUCGUGCGGUACCUUGUGGAACCUAUCGGCUCGAUGCCAGCAAGACCAACAAUUCCUCUGGGACCACGGAGCCGUACCUAUGCUCAGGAGUCUUAUUCAUUCCAAACAUAAAAUGAUUGCGAUGGGUUCCAGCGCAGCUCUGAAGAAUCUUCUCAAUUCGAAACCUGGCAAAUCGCACAUAAUCACCCUAGACACUACUGCCAGAAAUAUGAAUUUACCCGCGUUGCCGACUCUUGGCGCCCGGAAACAAAAGGCGUUAGAGCAAGAGCUGGAUCAAAAUUUGGCCGAGACAUGCGACAACAUCGAACCGGCCACUUCACCUUCGACUAGUAACAGAGAAGAAAAGAACCUAUUCACGGCGACAGAAAGACAGAUCGCUAUGAACUUAGAAAGACAUAGAAUGACGUCUAGUUCCCCGCUCAUGGGGAAUCUUGCGUCGCAGAUAUCACUAAGCCACAGCGCUCACUUGGCAAGCUACCUCAGUUGCAGUAACACUCUAUUGAAAGGCGCGCUGGUGACACGAUCCAACACGGGUAGUGCUGGCAACGUCAACAGGUCCGACAGCAAGGACUCCGUCACAAGCACACACUCCGACUCCGUGUUCGAGAGGGUCAUGCGCACAGGCAAGGUGCCCGUGCCCACGCCGCGGAGCAAAGACUUAAUGAGAAUGGAAACUUCGGGCGAAGCGUUUAAGGCGGCUUCGAAGACGCUACCCAAAGAUAAUACCUACCUCCGGUACAAUCAACCUCCUAUACCACCACCCAGAAGUUCCACGGACAUGAGAACUAAUUACACGGAAUCUGGUUACGACGUCGACCAAGAUUCCUGCGACCAACCCAUAGAUUAUAGCAGAAAGUACUCGGAAACUAAAAAUAACGAAGCCGAAACUCCUCCAGCGCAAGAAAAAUCCAAGAGCUCCGACACUAAGAAGUAUAAAAAGGAAAAUUCCAACACCUUCGGCGAUUAUCAAGAAACGGAUUUAGAUCAACCGACGGAUUACUCGCUGCGGUACGCCGAACAUCAUUCGGAGACGGGCUCGGACAUCUCCGAGCCGCCCGGACCCUCCGUGCACGAGGAUACCAUUAAACACUUCGCCACCGAGGGCACUCCAUACGAAACUCCAAUCAUUUUCUCGACAGCCACAUCCAUGUCAGAUCUACGCGUUAUCGGAAAAGAGGGGAAACCGAAGAGUACUCCCAACGCGAAAGAAAACCCCGAGGUCAUGACCCACUCGGACGAGAAGGAUACGUGUUCCAUCGAGGAUCCGCCGCGACACGACAACGACCGCGCCAUAUCUACGCCGCAGCCGACCUCCGCCGAACCUAUUCCCGAAAAACGAAGCGUAUUUGAUACCAAAUUCAGCUCGGGAAUGAUCAGCCCGGAGAAACCCGUGAACUACUGCGACGAGGGCACGCCCGGGUACUUCUCGCGGGUGAGCUCGCUGAGCAGCCUCGGGGAGCCGACAGAGGAGGACAGCCUAGCCAAGAGGAACGCGCUAGCCACCAUGCAUGUCGAGCCCGGCCCCCAGGAGCAGAGCACCAGCAGCUCCUCCGGCAAGGACAAAGAAGGUUCCAAAGCGGUGACGUUCGCUCGGUCUCCGCUGGUAUCAGGUCCGGGCACACCGGGCUCUCCGGGCACGCCGGGCCGCUUCGUAGAGGACACGCCUCUCAUGUUCUCGCGCUCCAGCUCGCUCGGCUCCCUGCCCGAGUGCUCGCAGCAUGACGACCAAGGAUCUGUCGUCUCCGAAGUCAGCCGGCUGACGUCGGGCUGCAUCUCGCCGAGCGAGAUCCCCGACUCGCCGGGUCAGAGCGCGCCGCUGUCCCCGCCCGCCGCGCCCCCUCCUGCGCACCACGCCGACAUGAUGCCCCUCCACAACGAGUCAUGCGUGGUGAGGUCAGUGUUCGAGGAGCGCGUGUCGCGGUUCCAAGUGGAGCACACGCCGGCGCAGUUCUCCGCGCGCACCAGCCUCAGCAGCCUCACCAUUGACGAUGACCCCAAGCAGUCACUCCUGAUGGUGAAGCCCACAGAGGGGGAAUCACCGCCACAUACCACCUUACAGGCCAAUGUUAAUAGGCAAGAAAUUCAACCGCUGCCAGUCGUCUCGGGAAUUCACAAUGACUCCAUUAAGGGUACACAAACUCCCGGGGACACGUGCAAGGUGUACUUCACGGAGGACACGCCCGCCAUCUUGUCAAAGGCGGGCAGCAACUCCAACCUAUCAGUGCUCUCCAUUGACUCCUCGCCCCCCGCGCCCGCCGCACCCCCCGCACUGCCGCCGCCCACACUGCCGCCCCCCACACUGCCGCCCCCCGCCACGCAACACGUGCCCCCUGAACAUGAGGAUAAAGUAUCCGAACACAACCAUCACGAUACUUCUGAUAGUUCCAAUUUAAGUGACGCCGGUGACUUGUUAGAGGAAUGCAUACAGAAAGGCAUAGCGCAGGUUGUUAAGAACAAGGGUCCACAAUCUGAAGCGCAGUCCACAAAUCCAUUCAGCUCCAGGGAUGAUGUCUAUAGGUCGCUGCCGCCGUACCUGCGCUCCUCCACAGAGACUAUCAAGAUGUCGCACGAGUUCGCUCGCAACUUGCGGGACAGUGAGAGCCGCAGUGGCAGCGAGAGUCGCAGCAGCAGCUGCCGGGCGCCGCCGCUGCCGCCCAACCCGCACCACCACCACCAUCACCAACACCAACACCACACCGGUCGCAAACAUCAAAGCCGCCUACAAGCGAAAACGCCCCCGAGCAGAGAGAGACCGAAGCUCCCCGUGACCGGCGAGCUGGCCAGGAACGACUCCCUGAGCUCGCUCAGUCUCGACUCCUUCGGUUCCACAGAUCGGGAAAUAUUCGAGGAGACCGUGAAAGCCGGACUCUCGAGCGUCAACCCUCGCGCGAAGUUCACGCUGGAGAGCAACAAGGGCAAGGCGCACUCGGUGGAGCGGCCGGCGGACCCCGCGCGCCACGCCCGACACCACAAGUCCCUCGACCGCAGCGACAACAUCGCGAACCACCGCCCCGCGGUCAAGGACCCCGAGUUCGAGCGGAACCUGGCCUCGGGCGCCUACAGCAUCAAACCCACCAGCAAGGUCAAGAAAUUGGAACAGGACUUUGCGGCGUUUAACCUCACCAGAUCCCCCUAUUCGUACCACGGCGAGACCUCCGGGUACUCGCUGGCGCUGCAGUCCCGCUACAGGGGGCACACCUCCCGCUUCUACGACGACGGACCCCCGAGUCUGCCUGCACGAAUGGAGGACCCGCGAAGGCAGCUCGAGAGGAGCAACUCCCUCAGCUCGCUCAGCAACGAGUCGUUCGGCUCCACCGACAAGGAGGUGUUCGAGCGGUGCGUGCGCAUGGGCAUGUCCAAGGCCCAGCCGAAGAAACGCGACGAAGGCAAGCUGAGGGUCAGAAGUGACGACCGUCUGGAGAUGAGAGAGUCCCACAGACGGCGUAGAAAGGAAAACAAAACCCAGGGGGCGCUGGAAAAGAUGGUCGGCGAGGAAUAUUCGAAGGAUAGAGCGAUUUUGGAGGAAGUUAUAGCUCGAGGCGCCGGCGAGAGCAAAACUCAGGCCCGGAGCGAAACCAAGACCCAGUCAAAAAACGUCCCGGCGCCGUCUGCGGACAGCGCAACCGCAGACGAGCUCGCCGACACCGCGCCGCCAACUGGCUGUGACUGGCCUCCCGCACCAUCUUCGCCACCCCAGCAUCACGCACACCACAUCCUCGAGCCCGACACCACGGCCGACACCACCGCCGACUCCAGCGAUAACACAUAUGAGCCCACCGAGAUUGAAAUAGAUCGCUCCAACGAGUGCCUCGCCCCCAAGUCCGCCAACACCACCAUAGAGUCCGACCUCAAGGACGAACUCAACAGGUCCAACGAGUCGUACGCGGACGUGCUUGACGGCUCCUGGAGCGACGACGGCUCCCACCACGAGUAUGCCACCACCUUGACUCGAAAGAACAAGCACCAGUGGACGGACAUCAAGCAUGCCAGUCCCACGGACACCGUCAUCGCCCCCGAGGAGCAUUCCAAGAGAACCGACACCUGGAACGACAACACUUGCCCAGACGACGUCACCUUCCCCACGAUCAGCGGCUCCGUGCACAUGGUCUCCUCCAUCAGGAGUGAGGUCGUCGAAGCGAAUAUGGCGCUGCCCGAUUUAUUGGAGAAGAGCGAAGCCGCCAACUUAUUUUCGAGACCGGACUUGACCGACAAGUUGGACAAUCAGAAACUCCACAUAAGCGAGGACGGCGCGCCCGGCGACGACAUAAUGAUUAACGUGGAGCCUCCCUUCGACUUGGAUGUUAACGAGCACAAGUUCGAUUCCAUUAUAUCGUCGGCUAUAGAAAAGGAAGCGGCCAGACUCGCGGCGCAGCUAAAGAACUCCCCGUACGCGAUGGAAGCGAGCGUCACCUCGCUCACUUCCUUAGAUUUGGACAACAUCAAGCCGCCAUCCAACCUGGGCAGCCUUUUGUCCUUGAACGCCUCGGCCCAUUGGGACGAGCCCUCAUCCCAGUCGCCAAAGAAAAAUAAAAAUCGGAAGAAGUCCCUACCGGUCGCCCUAAUGGUUAAAAGAGCGCUCAGCAACUCGUUCCACCAGGGCAGCUCCGAGCAUUUAGACAACAUUCCCGUCAGCCUCCUUGACAAUAUCAAGCCGCCUUCCGAGAUGGAGCACAUCGACAUGGAAGGCAGCAUGAUAUCCGUCGCGAGCAUCGCUUCCGAAGUCGCCGACGUCAAGGACAAGACGCCGAUCGUGUUCGACUUCAAGCAACCCGUGCAAGACUUCCCGCUGUGCAGCACCUUCACCGGCGUCUUCCACGACCUCGACAAGGUCAACCCGCCCUCGCUGUUCGACGAGAUGGCCACCUCCACCUUGGAGAUCGAGCAGACCACCGCGCACGAGGUCUACGACGAGUGCAUUUCCAACACAUUGAACGUCGUCACCGACAUACCCUCCGGCUCGGAGGAGUGCACGCCGCUGCCCUCAGAUAUCAGCAGCGUCGAGUCCACGCCCAGGAGGCACCGCGACCCUCACCAUCUCACCCCGAAGGAGAAGAGAAAAGCAUCCAGCAGUCGAUAUCAAACGUACACAAUUACCGAUACCGUAUCCGAGAGCGACGUCGCUCUCGACAUCGUCGAGCCGGACGAUUUCGUCACUUGGACCAAAUCCGAAAGCGACAGGUCCGACGAAUACGUCACCGCGACAUCUGAACCCAAGUCCAGGAGACGGUUGAGCGCCAAGCAAAGGAGAAUAGAGGACAGAGCUAGGUAUCAGACGCAAACCGUCAGCAUACACAACAUCCCGCCGCGGGAGAGCGCUCCCGCCUCGCCGCCCGACCCCAGCAUAGAGAGUCUGAAGCGGAGGCUGGCCGCCAAGAAGACCAUCAAACAGAAGCGCGUCGAGGACGCCGAGAGGUUCCGAACGAGAACCCUCAGCGAGGACAUACCGCCUUCGCCCACAUUCGUCACAAAGGACGCCAACUUUGAAAACGUGGAAACGACGACCGGCUACGACAGCCUGUCUUCCAACGAGCCCACGCACCAGCAGCUGCCCGACGAGCGCGACCUCCCCAGCGGCGACGGGGACAGCGGCCACAACGAGGACGACUUCGAGCUCAACUCCACACAGAUGCAGACCUACACGCGCAGCUUCCGGCACUACCUGCCCGUCGUGGAGAGUCCUGCCGCCGUCGACAUGUGCGUCCUCAACAACCUGAAGAACAUCGAGAUGACCGCCUCGUACCGCCGCGCCGCGCCCGCCUGCAGCUCCGGACCCGAACCCGACAUCUGCUCCGAGGACAGGGCGCACUCCGAGUCCGAUACCGACACGCCCCGAUUGCGCCCCAAGCCCAAAAUUAUUAAACCGGAGAGACGAGACGAGAGCGUGGACUCCAACGAAUCCGGAGAAAAGGAACAAGAUGUACCUAAAGCGAUCAGAGGACGGAAGAAAGCCAUGUACAUCUCUCCCUACAGGAGGAGCGUCCCGCCCGCUAAAAAGCAGGCGACGCCCGCAAGGGCCGCCGCGAAACCCACCCCGAGCAAACCUGCGACCAACGUUGCAAGAAUAGGCGCAAAAUCCACAAUCAAACCGCCUACAAAGGUACCGAAUCCUAGCACCUCACCCAAAAAACUAUCGAACAAAUCACCCUCUAAGACAUUGCAACAAAGAACCGUAGCCGUUCCGCCCGCCGCCACCAAGCCGCUCCCCCUCACGAGGCAGGGCACCUUCACCAAGGAAGACAGCACCGUGCCGCCGAAGGACUUGCCGGAACCCGACAGGAGGAAUGCGACAGCGAGCAAGACCGCCGCCGCUGCGCCCCACACCUCCCCCUCCCGCCUACCGCAGUACUCGCGGGGCGCGCGCCCGCCGCUCGCCAAGACCAGCAUCAACACCGGCAAACUUGCCAAGACGACGGUCAAGAAACCUCCCGAGCCCGCCAUGAAGAACUCGCCCUCGAACCACAGCCUGCAGAGCAACGACAGCGGGAAGACCAUCGUGCUGGCGCGCGGCUCCCGGCAGGGCAGCACCUCCAGCGUCAACUCACUCUCCUCCAAGUCGACGCGGGACGUCGAGAGCAAAGUCGCCAACGUGUGGAGGAAGACCGACAAGAAACCGACCAAAGCGGACAAAAAGGUGGCCAUAGAGGGAGACACGCCCAAGCUGAUCAGGAGCUCGACGUUCGAGGGCCAGCCGAAGCUCAGCCAGAUGACCGCGCCCAAGCAGAAGACCGCCAUCGGCAUGCGCGUCUCACAGAUCCCCAGCUUCAAAGCAAAGCCAACGCCCGCGAGCACUCAGCCCAGGCCGGGCCAGCAGCCGGCCACCUCCGCCAAGAAACCCACCACCACACGCCCGUACGCUCGGAGACAACUUAGCGGACAAUUGACUUCGUAAAUUGAAAUGUGCCGUCCCUUCAUAUAUUGACUUUCGUCACAGGAAUAGACAUUGAUGUAAUAAUUCGUUUGACAUGAAAUGCUGACAUUCUAAUUCUAUGAUGUAGUUUUGUGACAUUCUUAUAAUUUACUAUUAUUAUAUCGAAAAUUUUCUCAAAGAUAAUUAACCGGCAAUUAUAAUUUAUAGAAAUAUUUUGAUCCAAACAUAAAGAGUUGCGCGUCAAUUAUAGUCAAUAAACAAUAUGCAAACUUCCCUCGAGUGCCCGACGAGCGGCGAUCUCAAAUGCUUGGACGUUAGAAUAAUAAUAUGAUUAUAGCUUUCUAUUUAAUAAUUCAUAUGAUUUUUGUCUAAUUAUAAAUGAUUACUUUUAUUCUUUAUAUUUCUAUGCAUUUAUUCAACUGGAAAGUGACUGCAAUUUAGUUCUUAGAAUUAUGUAAUAUUGACAUUUUUGAUUUUCCUAUAUACCUAUUUAAAUUAUAUGUUGUGACUGACGGACACCACUGUUAUGUAUAAAAACAAUUUAUAAUUUUUACAUCAAAAUUAUUAGCAAGCCGAAUGGAUUUUUCGUCGAGAAACAUGAGUUUUCUCGGCGGGAAUUAUGAAAUAACGGCACGAAGAGCAUUGUAAAUAUCACACGAAAUGCGUUUAGCUUUUAAGGUUACCAUUACAUCUACUUUGUAUAUUUCUCAUAAUUAUUCAUGAUUAGUAUAUAAAAUGAGGUCGCGUCGCUUCGAUAGUAAAAAUGACGGCAUAAUUGAGCGUAUGUACUAAUUUUUUUACGUCUAGUCAGUUAACGUUAGAUAUGAGUGAGAACAGUAGAAAUUUUUUGGCGGCAAAUUUUCUAAAAUUAAAUUAGGCAUCUUCAAUGUAACCGUAGUUGAAACCGGCUUCCUAUAGUUAGUGACAGUUUAUCGUAACCAAUAUUAUUAUAUUUAAUUUUAUAUUCGCUUUUUAUUAAACAUUUAUUCCUCUAAUUAGUGAUAGGUAAAUAUAUUAUAAUAAUUCCAGUCGUUGUGAAGCGCGGGAAUGCUUUAUUUAUUUAGUUUCGGGCUUAAGUCGAUCUUAUUCAACGAAACUUCAUCCAAUCUUUAUAUAGUUUUGUACUUGAUUCCUUUAAGUAUCGGUAAGUGAUAGCUUAAUGUACUUUUAUGUAACCACAGCGAUUUAGAUGCAAAUAAACAACGGACAAGCAAGAUUGCUAAAUGAAUAUAUGAAUAGUUGUAAGAUGCGCAAUGCGACGACGGUAAUAAAUCAUAUUUACCUCGA